AUGGACAAGAGGCGAUGCUACAGUGCGGAGCGGCUCCUUGCGUCGCCGGCGGAAUUCGGCGACGGCGGCGGCGGCGCCGAUCUUCCAGACCUCUCCGAGGACGACGUCUGGCCCGCCUUCUCCGACGAUCACUCAUCGGCGGAAAUCGACGACGACUACCAUCGCUGGCCGCGGACGGACCGCGGCGGCGAUGGUCGGUGGGCCGAUCGGCACGUCGGCGGGCUUUCCCUCGCCUUCGAGGAAGCCUACCGCGGGACGGCCGCCCCGCCGCGGCGGGAGAAGCGGAUCCCGGCGGCGGCAUCUGCGCCGGUCGACGUUCCUGCCUGGCCGCGACAUCUCCGGGCCGGAUCAGGCGGUCCGCCUCCGGAUCCGGAGGUGGAGGAGGACUCAUCGGAGACGGAGUGGCUCCCCCCGCACGAGUACCUGGCGCGGGAGCACGGGCGGAGCGCCGCGACGUCCUCGGUCUUGGAAGGCGCCGGGCGGACGCUCAAAGGUCGCGACAUGAGCCGGGUUCGCGACGCGGUCUGGAGCCAGACCGGCUUCUUCGGUUGA